GCGGUACCGUUUGAUUCGUCGCGUUCCCUAAUCCAGUAAUUUCCUGCUUAAGUCUUCGGCUCCUGGGAGAGGAAAUUCUGUCGGGGACUUUCUGCUCCGCUUACCACCACCCCUAUCUCCGAUCAGCCACCGCAACCGUGCUUACUCGCCCCCUAAUUUCCUUUUCAGGCUUCCCAAUUCUUUCUUGGCUGUAGCUCACAGGUUCAAUUCAACCCUCUCGUCUCCGUUUCACUGCUCCGUGUAGUAGAAAUGGCAUAUUUAGGCUUGUAGGGUUUCGUGGAUCCUCUCUCUCAAUCCUCGAAAUCACCCUGUUUCAGAUCCUUAUCAGGUUAUUCAUAAAUUUCGCAGUUAUGGCGAUCCGUGUCACCAUUAACUACUCCGGCUUCCUGGCCCAGAACAUGGCCUCCUCGGCCGGUUUUCGUCCCGGAAAUUGCCGAACCUUCCAUGAAUGCUUCAUUCUAUCUCGCUUCUUCGCCUCCCCUAACCAAAAUCCCGAUCUCGAUCCACCCCCGACCCGUAGUUACAGGCGAAACCCUAAUUGCUGGUCGUCGUGGAAUUCGGCUUCUAUGCACACUACCCUCGCUGGUGAAAUAUUUGGUGGCAGCUGUAGGAGCCCGAUCAUGGUUGGCUUGAUCGACUUGAUGAAGUCAACGGUUGGUGUUCAGGCUCCUUCGAGUGUCGGUAUGUUUGGCAUUUCUCCGUUCAAGGUCACUUCGAUGAUCCCUUUUUUGCAGGGAUCGAAGUGGCUGCCUUGCAACGAGGCCUUUCUGGGGUCUGAAAGCGAUGACGUGGACAAAGGAGGGACCAAGCACGGUGGCGAUGGUAUUGAACUCCAUGAUGGUAGUGUGAGCUUUCAUCCAACACAAAACGGGUUUGAGAGGAGUGAAAGCUGGUUAUCCCGGAUGUUGAAUCAAUGCUCUGAGGAUGCCAAGGCUAUGUUUACGGCGAUGACUGUCACUCUGCUCUUCCGGUCAUCCUUGGCUGAGCCGAGAUGUAUUCCUUCUGCUUCUAUGUCCCCAACCCUUGAUGUUGGUGACCGCAUCGUAGCAGAGAAGGUUUCAUAUUUUAUCAGAAGGCCUGAGGUCUCUGAGAUUGUAAUAUUUAAGGCACCCCCGAUCCUGCAGGAAAUUGGUUUUAGUUCGGGGGAUGUGUUCAUAAAAAGAAUUGUGGCGAAGGCUGGAGACUAUGUUGAAGUAAGCUUCCAUAUUUUCUCUCUUUUGUAUCAUUUACCACUGGUGGUCUUUAUUCACACCCCCUUACCCCUUUCACGAUGUUUAUUUCUACCUUUCUCGUUCUCAAAAAUAACUAAGGAAGAAGAUUUUGCUCUGGAGCCUCUGUCAUAUGAAAUGGAACCAAUGCUUGUGCCAGAAGGUCAUGUCUUUGUGUUGGGAGACAAUCGCAAUAACAGUUUUGACUCUCAUAACUGGGGUCCGCUUCCAAUCAAGAACAUUGUUGGUAGAUCAGUGUUGCGUUAUUGGCCUCCAUCCAGAGUGUCAGGACACUACUCCUGAGCUCAAUGCAGAGAAGAAUGCUGUGGCAAUUCCUUGAGGCUUGCCAAACUCAGGCUUAUAUCCAUAUGUUGUUCUUCAGCAUUAUUUUGCUCUCUCUGGGCUAAAACGUAUUCGGUUGUGAAUAUUUUUUGCAUUUUUUUUCUCCUGCCAUUCUUGGAUGGAUUUUCUCCAUCCCAUCUGUUUGCUUUAGUUUUUUUGGUGGCCCAACUAACUGGCCUAGCAGAAAUUCUUUUCUGUAUUCAGAUCUUUAACUUAUUUAAUGCAUUAAGCAAAAGGCAGAUUUGACAUUCUAGUAUUGAUC